CACACUCCACCCCCUACCCCCCCCACCCCCCACCACCGGCGCGAUGGCAGUGUGUGGAGUAAAUGGCUCAGAGUAACCGCGGUGGAAAACGACCUAAACACUGGUCUGGGGACUGAUAAACAAACUCAAGACGGCGCGGUGCGUAAAAGCUCUCCACAGCGCUGCUCCUGGGUGCGCACGGCUUUUCUGUCUUUGUUUUUUUUAUUAUUUUUGUUGUUUAUUUUUGUGCGUACUUGAAAAACUGAGGAUAUCUUAAUUGGACAUGUGAGUUACGGGAGUUAACAAGACGAGCAGCCUUUGCAAAGAUGAAGUUCCCCGCUUGCGUCCUCAUCACUUUGCUGGUGAUCCGAUCGAGUGCGGCACAGUCAGUUUGUCCCGGCACAGAGAACAAGCUGAGCACUCUGUCUGACCUGGACCAGCAGUACCGCACACUGAAGAAGCUCUACGAGAACUGCGAAGUUGUCAUGGGCAAUCUGGAGAUUACCAGCAUCGAUCGAAACCGCAACCUCUCCUUCCUCAAGUCAAUCCGAGAAGUGACCGGCUACGUGUUGGUGGCUCUCAACCAGUUCGACUACCUGCCCCUGGAGAACCUACGGAUCAUCCGCGGCACCAAACUGUACGAGGGUCGCUACUCUCUGGCCAUCUUCCUCAACUAUAGGCGGGACGGGUACUAUGGCCUGAGGCAGCUGGGCCUGCGCAACCUCACAGAGAUACUGAAUGGGGGUGUUUAUGUCGACCAGAACAAAUUCUUGUGCCAUGCGGACACCAUCCAUUGGCGUGACAUUAUCAAGAACCCCCAGGCUGAGCUGCUGGUGGUACCGUCCAACAACAGCAACCUUGGGUGCAGACGCUGUCAUCGCUCAUGUAACGGACGCUGCUGGGGCCAUCAGGAAGACCAGUGUCAAACCUUGACAAAGACAGUGUGUGCAGAGCAGUGUGACGGUCGAUGCUUUGGGCCUUACGUCAGCGACUGCUGCCAUCGCGAGUGCGCCGGUGGCUGCUCAGGCCCCAAGGACACAGACUGCUUUGCGUGCACCAAUUUCAAUGACAGCGGAGCAUGUGUGACCCAGUGCCCUCAGCCGUUUGUGUACAACCCCACAUCUUUUCAGCUUGAGCACAACCCCAAAGCCAAGUACACCUAUGGAGCCUUUUGUGUCAAGAAAUGUCCACAUAAUUUCGUGGUGGACCACAGCUCCUGUGUCAGAGCAUGUCCCAGCAACAAGAUGGAAGUGGAGGAGAACCGCAUCAAAAUGUGUAUCCCGUGUACCGAUAUCUGCCCUAAAGUGUGUGAUGGCAUAGGGACGGGCAGCCUGCAGACGGCUCAAACUGUGGAUGCCAGCAACAUUGAUAAAUUUGUCAACUGCACCAAAAUCAAUGGCAACCUCAUCUUCCUCAUUACUGGUAUUAAAGGGGACAUGUAUCACGGUAUUGGACCUUUGGACCCAGAGCGCCUUAACGUUUUCCGCACUGUGAAAGAGAUCACAGGUUACCUCAACAUCCAGUCUUGGCCUGAGAACAUGACAGAUCUGAGUGUGUUCUCAAACCUGGCAACUAUUGGAGGUCGAUCUCUUUACAGCGGAAGUGGCAUUUCACUCUUGAUCCUAAAGCAGCGUUGGAUCUCCUCACUUCAGUUCCAGUCACUGGAUGAGAUCAGCGCCGGAAACGUCUACAUCUUCAACAACAGCGGCCUGUGCUUCUACAACACAGUCAACUGGACGUCGCUCUUCAGAACUCCGAGCCAGAAAGUCCUCAUCCGCAACAACAGAGAUCCAAAGGAAUGCACUCAGCUGCGAAUGGUGUGUGAUCGGAUGUGUUCGGAUGACGGAUGCUGGGGCCCGGGGCCUGACCAGUGUCUUUCCUGCCGAUACUUCAGAAGAGGCCGCACCUGCGUUCAGUCAUGCAACCUCUUUGACGGGGAAGUGCGUGAAUUUGCCAAUGGAUCUGUGUGUCUGGAGUGUGAUAGCCAGUGUGAGAAGAUGGAUGGGAACACCGUGACAUGUGUUGGCCAGGGCCCGGACCAAUGUGUAAAAUGCCUCCACUUCAAAGAUGGACCCAACUGCGUGGAGAAGUGCCCUGAUGGGUUGCAGGGUGCCAACAGUUUCAUCUUCAAGUAUGCCAAGGCCAACAACGAGUGUCAUCCCUGCCAUGCCAACUGCACCCAGGGGUGCGUCGGGCCAAGACUCCAAGAUUGUGUUGGGAUGAUGGACAGGACACCGCUAAUAGCAGCUGGUAUUAUCGGCAGCCUAUUCAUCAUCGUCAUCCUGGCGCUCAGCGUGGCCGUUUAUGUUCGCCGCAAAAGCAUUAAGAAGAAGAGGGCCUUGCGGCGCUUCUUGGAAACAGAGCUGGUAGAGCCCCUGACUCCCAGUGGAACGGCCCCUAACCAGGCUCAACUGCGGAUCCUGAAAGAGACAGAACUGAAGAGGGUCAAGAUUCUUGGAUCGGGUGCUUUUGGAACAGUCUACAAGGGCAUCUGGGUCCCAGAGGGUGAGACAGUAAAGAUCCCUGUGGCUAUUAAAAUCCUCAACGAGACCACCGGCCCUAAAGCCAAUGUGGAGUUCAUGGACGAGGCCCUGAUCAUGGCCAGCAUGGAGCACCCCCACCUGGUACGUCUGCUGGGCGUCUGCCUGAGUCCCACCAUCCAGUUGGUCACCCAGCUCAUGCCCCACGGCUGCCUGCUCGACUACGUGCAUGAGCACAAGGACAACAUCGGAUCGCAGCUGUUGCUCAACUGGUGUGUCCAAAUCGCCAAGGGCAUGAUGUACCUGGAGGAGAGGAGGCUGGUCCACAGGGAUCUGGCAGCCCGCAACGUGUUGGUGAAGUCACCCAAUCACAUCAAGAUCACCGACUUCGGCCUGGCGCGACUGCUGGAUGCAGAUGAGAAGGAGUACAAUGCAGACGGGGGCAAGGUUGGUAUGCCCAUUAAAUGGAUGGCUCUUGAAUGUAUCCACUACAGGAAGUUCACCCAUCAGAGCGAUGUGUGGAGUUAUGGAGUGACCAUCUGGGAGCUGAUGACAUUCGGAGGCAAACCAUAUGACGGCAUCCCCACACGAGAAAUCCCAGACAUUCUGGAGAAAGGGGAACGUCUGCCGCAACCUCCAAUUUGCACCAUAGAUGUCUACAUGGUCAUGGUCAAAUGCUGGAUGAUUGACGCAGACAGCAGGCCGAAGUUCAAGGAGCUGGCUGCUGAGUUCUGCAGAAUGGCCCGUGACCCCCAGCGGUACCUGGUCAUCCAGGGUGAUGACCGCAUGAAGCUUCCCAGCCCCAAUGACAGCAAGUUCUUCCAGAGUCUUCUGGAUGAAGAGGACCUGGAUGACUUGAUGGAUGCUGAGGAGUAUCUGGUCCCCCGAGGUUUCAACAUGGCUCCUCCGUCAUACACAACCAGGCCUUGUGUUGACUCCAACAGAAACCAGUUUGGCUAUCGAGAUGGUGGUCCAAACUCUGCAGAGAGCUCAGCAGCAGGUGCCCAAGCCUGUGUGAACCAGGAAGCCACAGGCGGACCAAUUCCGGGCCUGGAGGACCAGCGCUGUAAUGGAAGCCUCCAUAAGAAGACCCUAAGCCAGGCUGGGGCAGAGGACAGUGGAGGCCAGAGGUACAGCGCUGACCCCACCAUCUUCCUGGGGGAGAGGGCAUCCAGAGGUGACACUGAUGAGGAUGGAUACAUGACACCCAUGAAGGACAAGAGCUCAUCAGAAUACCUGAAUCCCAUUGAGGAAAACCCAUUUGUAUCACGGCGUAAAAACGGCGAGAUUCAUGCCUUGGAUAAUCCAGGCUACCACAGCACACCCAACAGUCAGCCCAAAGGAGAGGAUGAGUACAUCAACGAGCCCCUGUACCUCAACACCUUCCACAGCCCUGCUGAGUUGGGCCUGGAAGCCCUGAGGAGAAAUGGUCUACCCCUACCAACCCAGCCUCCUUCUUCGAUCUCAGCCACAGCUUCAGGCUCACACCUCCCACUUACAAUCCAGACCAGCCUGCCCCACUACCCCCUCCCCACGGCCCAGCCCUCUCCAUCUGGCAUGCCUUGUCACCAUGGCCCACCGACCCACAUCCUCCACGCCCAUCACACCAUCAAACCUGCAGGACAACCUGGCAAUCCAGGUGGCAGCCACAGCCAAACAGGAACUACUGCCCAAGCCCAGGUGUGUCAGUCAGGUGCCCUGUCUACUUCGGCAACCAUUGGGCACGGCAGCCUGCCAGCCUACCAGAGCCACGCCACCAUGCAGCCGUCGAGCUUGCUGAAGCAUGGAGGACUGACAACAGGUAAAGUCAGUGGGAAGAAGCUGAAGGUAACCUUUGACAAUCCAGAAUACUGGCAGCACAGUUUGCCUCCCAAAUCAUCUAACCAGGCGGCCCCAGACGGUGCCCAGGGAGGAUCCACCAAUGCCAAGUUCUUCUAUAAGCAGAAUGGACAUAUACGGCCUUCAGUAGCUGAAAACCCUGAAUACAUGUCUGAGUUUUCCCUGAAAUCCGGCACUGUUUUACCGCCUCCACCCUACCGGCAGCGGAACACUGUGGUCUAGAUUGUUCCACUUGACAAAUGUUCCUCAGUUUGACUCUAUCCUCCAGCAACCCAGACAUCCUCUCUGGUUCCACUGUUCCACACAGAGGGGAGCGGCCACAACCAGCACCGACCCCCAACUCUUUCCAAAUAACGUGCCAUCUGCUGUAGACUGUAGCAACAUCAGAAGGAGGUGGACCCAUCUGAACCAAGCAGACCGAACUCAGACUCAUGCACUUUCACUAUAUCCAGUCCAGUCCAGUCCAUUUCUGCUCUGUAGAUAGAGACUGCGCUCCAUGUCACUGAGAUUGUGAAGGUUAUAAUAGUUUUU